GCACUAUUCUCGUGUCGUCCACAAGAGGGCAGCACUGAAAAAUUCCUUUCGAAAUGGCUGCCGCUGUCUUGGAUACUCCAACAAAACGAAGGAGCCUGCCACCAUUGAAUACAAGCGAAGCAGAAACAGCAUCACCUAAGAAGACUAAAAAGAAAAAGAAAAAUGGAGAAGGAGUAGAUGCUAGUGACUCCCAGCUUUCCAAUGUGAGUAAGCUGAGAGGUACUGUGUCAGAGAGCACAGAAGUCAGAGGUCAUACUACAACAGCCAGUACUGAAGACAUAGCAAAUGUAGGGAAUGGAAGCAAGAGGAAGAAAAAGAAGCGUAAACCACCGGAUGCACCAGAUGGCAAUGCUGAUGAAGGCGAUAUAUCGGGCCAAGCUCCAGCAAUUGAGAACCUGAAAGCUUCCCCAGGUGCUGCGAGGAGGAAAAGAGAAGGUAGAAAAUCCCACAUCCCUCGAUCUGUGAGUGAUGAAAUAGCAACAGAAUCCAACGGCAAUGCAAAACAGAAAGCAAAGAGACCAAGAUCAAAGUUUAUACCAGAUGACAGUGCUGAUGGUGAAGAAGAGAGCGCCAAAACACCUCAGAACCGACCUCCAACAGGCAAAGCUAAAACCAAGAAGAAGAAAGCCAAACCGAUUACGUCUGGUGAUGAGAACUAUCAUGCUGAUGGUGAAGACUUGUUAUUUUCAGCUGAUGAUGUAGUAACCGGAGAGGUUCAAGUAGAGACAGCCCGUCAACCACCGGCCUCUCAAGUCGCUGUGCUUCCAAGUCAACCAGUCAAUAAACUCUUUAUGGAAAGGAAAGGUGGUUUUGCAAGCGAAGACAAGAAGCGUUUGAUCAAAAGGAGAGAUCGCGAGAGAAGAUUGCAGCAAGAGGCACCGGAAGAAAUCAAAUUUACUACAACUCAGUGUGCAUUGUCUACCCAUCGUAAGUUCCUCACAUUCACACUCCUAUGCCACGGAGUGUUAGCUGGGUAUUCAUUGUGGCAGUGCGUAGUGGUCUUCGUAUUAGCUUCAGAAUUACAAGGUUCUGGGAAGGAUGGUCAGACACAGUUCUUAGAACAAUACAGCAGAUUAGCUCAACCCGCUUCCUCAGUUUACUACUUCUUGCUUGCCCUCUGUACAGUGUCUGUGUUUGAUAGAUUUGAUAUAGCAAGACCAGACAGACAGUUUUUUAGAGGUCUCCUCACAUUCCAGUCUGGAGCCAUUUCUAUUCUAGUUUAUUUAAUUUCGUUGAUAUUCUCAACAAGCAUAGCUGCAAUAGACGACAGGAUAAGCCUAUUUUUGAAGUCUGAUCCUCCAUAUUGUGAACCUAAUUGCCCAGAGGAUGGUAGUCUUUGGGAUGAUGAUGAAGCUACCUCGAGACUGAACAUCUGGCGUAUUAUCAACCUGAUACGGGCUAUUGGUGCCAUCCUGGGUUGGACUAUCAUAGCUAUUACACCAACAACAGAUUAUACUUCAGAUCAUUUACACGAUGCAGAUGUACCUUUAUGGGAAGAACAACAAGACACAGAACUAGGGAAUGUGACAUCACAAGCAUGACAGAUAUAUUUAUGGCAGUUUAGAUCCUUGAAAGAUACAUAUAAAUGAAGGUCAAUGAGCAUUUCUUUGAAUACCUAGAUGUUUGGCUUCUUGCGUUCCAGGGCAGCUUCUCUUCCUAUAUAUUGGAUUUCAUUGUUAGCGUGCCUAUUGGCUAUCAAUACGGUGUGUAUUAAACAGGGUUUGAAAAAAUUAGUAAUCUUCUAAAACCGGACACUUGUACACUAGGACUGGGAGUAAACAUCGAUUGAUCGAAUGGUUCGAAUGGCUUGCCGCCGAUCGCUAAUCAAUUAGCAAAAUUUGCACUGCACGAAUGUUCGGCAGAUCCCGAUUAUGACGUUGGGAUAACUCGAAUACCCAAAUAAUAGUAACAAAAUGACAAAAUAACAAUGAUAACGGUUUUUUAAUACUUGAUACAGGUUUAAAAAUGAUGUUACCAAGGUAAUUUGUCAAAAAUGAACAAUGAAUGUAUCACAUUCACAGUUAAACGACCUGAAAGAGCUCCGAAAAUGUUAAUUCCACCCGGCCUUGCCCUCGAUACAAUAUAUAAGUCAUCUGCGUGCUCAAAACAGAAAGUAAACCCACAACUACUUGUAGCUCACUUGAGCUUAUUGGACCUUGAUAGCCAAUGAAACCUUUUGGGAAACAAAGAAGAUUAUGAAGAAGAAGCCACAUGCGUUCCCUUUUCAGGAAAUAGAUUGACCCCUCCCCAUCUGUGUGUGUGUGUGUGAAGGAGAGAGAGAGAGAAAGAUAGGGGGUGGGAGCCGGAGAAAUCCUUCUAUGUUUCAAAACAAUGCAACCUUUUUUAUACCCCCCCUCACACAAUCAAAACAACAUUCCAACACGCGCCCGCCACCAUCACCAGUACUUUCUCGACUAGUCUCCUAAAAAUAGACCCAGUUCUACAUGUAGGUUAAAAUGAUAAAUAUUUGUAAUUUUGAAAGGUAUUUCAAAUGAAAAAUGUUUUUGAAAUGCAUGUCAAGUGGGGGUGGGGACAUGGUGUGGGCAAAGGAUGAAAUUUUUCAAGAAGUGAAAUGCACCACCUGCGUGUCAGUCUAAAAAAAUACUUCAUGAAUGAGUUGUUUACUAAGACGUCUUUGGACUUGGGACUCAGCUGCGGGAGGUCACCAUAAAGUAGGUCAACUAUUAUGACUUAAAAGACGUGAUUCCCGACGAACAAUCGAAUCAUUCAAUUGUUUUUUCAGGAAAUAUUGAAUGGUAAAAAUGACAUUCGUCCCAGGCCUUGACUAUUGUACACAAUGAUCAUUUAAAGCAUUGGCCAUUAGAGUAUGAAAUACUUGGCAAUUUUAUGUACAGUACGAUUAUAGUAUUCCUUGUGAUCAAACAAUUUUAGUUCAAAUCUCAGUCAUGUUUUUUUUUUCUUAUACUGCGAAAAGAAGAAAAAAUGCUGACAAGUGUUCGGUUUCAUUAGAUGUGGUUAUAUAAUCUUAAUCAGGAGAUAUCUCAGGAGUAUAUAUGUGUAUAUGGAAUUCGCCUUAUCUUCCCAUUGGCUGUUGUAUCAAAUCUUUCAAUGUCCUUGGCCAAUAGUGUGUCAGUUCAGAUACAAAUUUGCCUAUGUUAUUAUUAUUAUUACCUGUUAACAUUGUACUUUCUUCAAAAACAAAAUGCAGUACAAAUCCAGUUCGUUAUUUCCCCCUGUUCCUAAGAUGUCUCGUUUUCAGUACUAAUUGAGAAGUAAGGUUUUUCUGAUGUCUCCCAGACAGAAAUGGCCUACUUAUUUAUUAUUUUUUUAAAGUGCUUGGGGAAAAAUUGAAUACUUAAAUUUGAAUAUUUUGAAAUUUGUAUACAUUGAUUAAAUUUUCUAUGAGAGGCAUAUGAUUUCUCAAAUGUUGAACCUUCCACAGUACUUAUGUUUCUGUAUUCAGAGCUUAUUCAAAUCACCUUGAUACAGAUCAGUUCUCUGAUCUCCCAACGUUAUGUGCUAAUACUGCCGUCCUUAAAAACAAUGAGUUAUUGAAUUUGAAUUUGAGAUGAUGCACACAAAACAGUUACCAGUUGCAGUAUCCUGUUACAGUCAUUUGUUUGUUUACCUCACAAUUAUUGUAGAAUUUUUUUUUAUUAAUGAUCCUACUUUCCAUACAUAUCAUUUAUGGCAUCGUACAUGUAUUUUACAUAUACCAUAUAAUAUAGUGAACCUUAUACGGUACUUAAUAAAUUAUGAAGUGCUCCACAGCUGUGAAGCUUAACGGUAACACUAAUAGAGGACUUGACUGCACGAUCACAAGACCCAUACAUAUUUUACCUUAUUUGGUUGCACUCUGAUAUGAGUUUUAUGUACACCGAUAUAUUUAACAUUUAUUAAGCCUUUUAACAGGCUUUAACAGUAACUGAUCAAAUUGAUUUGUUGAAGUACAUACAUUUUAUUAUUAGAAGUUCUGUACAUAGUGUCAAUUAUUUAUCUGAAAUAUCAUGUAUAUAUCUUAUUUAUAUUAAAUAACAAUUGAUUUAUUUCAA